AAAAAGAAAACCAAAAAAAUAAAAAAACACCAAGUUCGAAUUCUAAAAUGGGAACCUGAGAGAGAAAGGGCGGACAUUUCGAAGCAUACAACCUCACCUUCUCCUCUAACUUCUUAGACUACACAGUAGGCCAGUACACCCACUUUCUUUCUCUUUCUCUCUCCUCAUUCAUUUUCCAUUAGAUCUCUUUUUCCUGCAUUUUCUUGUUUGAUUCUUUCAUUCAUUUCCAUGGAGACUGCCGCCUUCCGUCUUUCUGCUGGCAGCAUUUCACAUGCAUGUUCUUCACUUGAGAAGCCUAGUCUGGCUUCCUGGCCCACUGUCAUUCGAUCCCACUGCCAAGCCCUCACCGUUGGAAAGCUCGCGUCUUCCUCAAGGCAGGCAAGAAUUGUAGUGUCAUGUGCAAAGACACCUGAAACGACUGUGUCAUCCAACUCCGAUGUUCCAGUAAACAACAGAUCAAAAGGCUCAAUAGAGAAACAUGCUCUGCGCGCCACUUUCCCACACGCAUUUGAGGCAUUGCUCUUGGAGGUUUGUGAUGAAACAAGUGUUGCUGAAGUACAACUAAAGGUUGGAGAUUUUGAGAUGCAUCUUAAGAGAAAUGUUGGUGCCGUGAAUACUCCGGUUCCAGUUGCACCACCUAUUCCAAGUGAACCCAUGGUUCAAUCAGCUCCUGCUGCGCUUUCGACAUCAGCUCCAAAACCCUCUCUUGAAAAAAGCAGUCUCUUUGCAAGUGCCUCCUCAGCAGCAUCUUCAAAAUUGGCUUCUUUAGAAGCCUCUGGAGCCGAUGGAUUCGAAUUAGUAACAUCACCAACAGUCGGCUCGUUCCGAAGAGGAAGAACUGUAAAGGGGAAAAAGCAACCUCCUAACUGUAAGCAGGGUGAUGUUAUCAAAGAGGGUCAAGUGAUUGGCUAUAUUGAUCAAUUUGGAACCGAGCUUCCUGUCAAGUCGGAUGUAGCCGGUGAAGUUCUGAAGCUGCUUUUUGAAGAAGGAGAAGCUGUGGGCUAUGGUGACCCCUUAAUUGCUGUUUUGCCGUCAUUUCACGGCCUCAGAUGAAUGCUGUCUCUUUGAUCCGUCGGUUCUGCAGUCAUUUCUUCUUGUAUCAGCCAACCUCGUGUUUCAGUUAGUGAAAGUCUUGUUUCUCCAUUUACUGGGAUUUGGUUGCUUCUUGUUCAUUUAAAAGAGAACGUAGAUGUAGAUAUUUGUUGCCAUUUAGCAGCAAUUUGAAGGAAAAGAUAUGAAGAAUCAGUUCAAUUAUUGAACGGUAUUUUUCUUUCAUUCCCCCACCCCCUAUUUUUGAAGUUAGACAAGAAAAAAUCAGCGCAAGUUUAUAUGAAUUUGUAUUUGAGUGUUGUAUGAUC